AUGGAUAGCUGUAAAACCAGUGAAAUACCAGUGGGUGUUUGUACCUUUGUGUAUUCAAAGGUAACUCCUGCACAACCAGAGCUGAAAUGUUACAGCUGUUCAUCAUACCACUGCAGUCAUGUCUCCAGUAUUGCAAGGGCUAUAGAUGAUGUUCAAGAGGAUGACAACUCGGCGCUGGCUCUUUUUAAAUUUUCCCUGGAGAUUUCGCCAGAAAUGCACAACUAGUUUGAAAUGGCUACCCGUAGUGAAGAAAAGGUUCAGUUAUUUCUAACGGGUAUACAUGCAUGUAGUUAAAUUUUCUAACAAAAACUUUAUUGGCAAUAUAUUUGACCUGCCAAACAUGGUUCGUGUUCAAAGUUAUAAGUGUCUACCAGGCCGUUAUUUCGAACCAUAGAAACAACCCUAAACCAGAAAUUAAUUGGUUUUUGGCAACGAAAAUGAUGCAAAUGAUUUCUGUGCUUUUCCUGAAAAGAAUGGAUCAAAAUUAUUUGUACCACCCAACAGUGGCUGUUGUCCUUGUGGCAUGGAAUGGGAUGGACGUCCAGUUCAAGAUGACUGGUUGGAUGUUGAAGAUUGUUCUGUUGUGUACCUUUAUUCAAUUCACCAAGUAAAUGGUAAGCAAACAUAUGGGAUACCUUUAAUCAUAUAUUACAUGUUCAUUCUUGAGAGAGAAUGCACCAACAUUUCGAUACAGGUAAGAUGACGAAAAGAACAUGAACUACAGUACUUUGCAUGUGUUUUACUUGAUAAAAGAUGCUAAUAACCUAGUUAAAGUAAAGAAUGAAGGAAAAAGAAACAAAAUUAGACAACUUGUUGAUGUACUAUUCUGUAAAAAUCGAUUUAGUGUAUUAAUUCCGGUUAAGGAGGUAAAAAAGUUUUAAUAAUCGUUAAUAAAUUGUUUUCUUUUAGUGUAUUAUAGGCCUUGUUUAUCAUGUGACAAUAAGAAGUGCUACGAUGGCAUUGAAAACAGGGUUGUGUGGUUUGGCUCUUUUUGCAUUUCCCAUGCUGUUUUGAAGGAUUAUAUAUUCGACUUUUCAUAACAUCCAGGUGAAAGAACAUGUUAAUUUGUGCUUUCUAAAUUUAUUUGCCUCUCUUUUUCUUGUUCUAUCCAUAAGAUAUAUGUUGGUAAUGUUGGUAAUUUUACUUUCUUUUAAGUUUACCUAUGUACAAAUAUUAUGUGGCAUUCGUACAACAGCAAGUGUCUCUGGGAAUUUUGCAUUCAGGAAUGAGAUUACUUACACAAAGUUCCAUCUCUCAGUUAUUGCAAUAAUACGGUAUGUGAAAAUUAUGCAGUAUUGUGACAUAUAUGUACAUUUAACUUUCAAGCUGGGGGAUAAUUUUAAUAACCAAACAGGUUAGAAAAAAAUUGUGCUACAUGCAUGUGCUAUCAAUCUCGUAUAUUUUCAUAGAACUGCUAUUUUUAUAAUCUAGACCGGGCCGACGGUACGUUUACAAGAAUGGGACUCUAGAUCUUGUUAUAAAUGCAAUAAAUUCCAGUAGAAAAAUGCUAUUGUCCAAUCAACUAUAUAGGCGCAUAGUAUAAUGGAAUUGAGUGAAAAUAGUAAAUAACUACAUUCUCCAGCCGGCAGAGAAGACAAUUUUUUAUACAUUUCUCAUUCAGUUUUCGUCCAAAUUGCAACAAAAUGUUAUCGUUUUAUCCUUGGCCUAUUAUUAAAUUCGCCAUACAAACUUUCAAAAAACAGACAAACACACAAACAAAUGGAGGUAUAAUAAGAAUACCGGGGAAAUAACAAAGAGAAAUGUAGUGACUUUAAGUAUGAGGGGAAGUGACCAAGGUGUUUAUCCUGCCAGUCAUCAUAGGUGCCUUCAGAACGAUGACCAAGAAUGUACAAGAUAACCUGGACAAUCGGUUUGUUAGGAACAUCAUGAAUCCCGAGUAAGAUCUUCGACUCGUAACCUGAUAUUGAUAUGCUGCGGGAGAUGUAGAUGUCAUGUGUAUUUCAUUUAUCUAUUCUAGGUAUUUGCUAUGGAUUCGAGAUAAUGUGAGAUCACGAAUCACCAAAUAUUCCCUUUACAAUUCUAAGAACACGCUUUCCCAAAGGUAUAGUGAUAUUCGUUAAAUAAUAUGACAUUACAUUUUGUCUUUAAUUCUAUAAAAGGUUUAACUUUGUAACUUCAGCUUUUGUUUUCAACUUAAUGAACUCAUUGACAUUAGAAAAAAUAGUAUCUCUGCUGUGUGUUUGUGGCAACUCUUUUUUAUCUAUUUAGCACCACAGUUGGUUAUUUAUGAUAACUUGUGCAGACUGCACAAGUACUGCUUGAACCGCGAUCCGGCGUUUUUCAAGAACACAAAGUUUGUGGUUGAUAAAUUCCAUCGGAAAAAUCAUUCUGCUAUGUGGGCAUUUUGUAUUUCUUUAAAGCGUAUUUAUAUAACAUUUCUAUAGUUUCGAUUGGCCAUACAGUUUUUCUCACUAGUGAUAAAUGAUCGUAUCGACAUUUUGAUAACCUUACGUUUUUUUCUCACUAGUGAGAAAUUAUUGUAUUUGCAUUUUUAUUGACCUCAAAUGAUAUUUUAGUUUUUUUUUAUAAAUUGCAUUUAUAAUUAUGCAACGUAAAACAUCACAUGAAAAAGAAGAACCAUGUAUUAUUCUGUAUUUAUGCCACAUAACUCGAUUGUAGCAAACACGAAAGCCUAUAACAGAGUAGAAUUGUUCCGGACAAAGUUUCGAUGAAUCGUCCUACUAACUCUCCAUGACGAAGGGUCUUUGCUCAAAAUGUCGAGAAUGAUGGUAAAAAUGAAGAAUAAAAGGGAUAGCGAUAGCCAACGACUGUGGGCUCAGUGCUUAUAAAAAAUUGUAUGUACUCAGUAAAGUAAUUUUUAUGCACAAAAUUUUUAAAUCUGUUUAAAUGGUAUACAAUACUUUAUUAAUUUUACUGUAUAAUUAUAUUGAUUUCAUUUUAGGAUGCUGUGAGGGACAUAACAUGAAAUUGUACCCGACUCGUCCAUAAUAGCCAAGCUGCCGAACAAUGUAACUCUGCAAUAAACCCCUUGCAUCUAUGGUCUCCUAUAUGCAAUAUCAAAACUUUCUUCUUUUUUCAAAGCUCUAUAUCUGGUAUAGAAAUAUGCUGUACAUAGUCAAGUUAAACCCAGAGAGAGACAUACCCUACAAAGACUAUUUUCUUGCUAUCAACGGCCAAAGUUAAUAAAUAAAUCAAUGAUGUUUUUAUACUAGCUCAUGUCUAUACAGACUAUACUUGAAGAAAUGUGAUACUCAACGGUGCAUGCGGGUGUACCGAGCUCCCUAAAAUCUUUUUAAAAUCUUACAGAUUUUGCAUUUUCCCAUUAGAGUUCUAACAAUAAAAUUACAAAACAGUGUGUAAAUUUCGGUGGCGCGAUUGUCAGAGCACACACCUCUGCUAUUGUGGGUUCGAUUAUCAUUGGGGUUGACUUAUAAUAGUUACUGUACGUGAACAGAGUUAGUCAAUGCUCUGCCGAAAGUCGUGGGUUUUCUCCGGGCACUCUGGAUUUUUUCUUCCCUUGAUAUAUAAUGAUUAAUGGCACUCAAACUUACAUGGAAAGAAUCUAUACACUGGCAUUACUGUAUUUGUAUUUUUAAAACAUUGCCGAAAACUGUUAGCAACUAGGAGUUUAAUUUUACGUUCACGAUCUUCAGACGACGAGAUAACUUUUCAAUGAUGACCACACACUUUAGUAACUUAUCAGCUUAGUAUAUAUAGCCUGCAUAGCAGGCGGUUUUAAGGGUUGGGGUUGAGGCACGGGCAGCGAAAAUUAGGGAGGCGAGGUGCGGGAGGGGAAAAAUGCAGGCGAGAAAAACUGCCUCUGCGGCGAGAAAAACUGCCUCUGUGGCGAGAAAAACUGCCUCUGCGGCAAGAAAAACUGCCUGCCGCAAAACCAGGUGUAAAUGAAUGAAUGCCCCCAACAAAAAUUCGGUAAUUCACGUGUCUGUUUUAUGUCGCAAGUGCUAAAAAUAAUUUUGAAAAUGGUGUCUGGUGUCUAUAAAACGUCAAAACAAACACAUGUGCGCUGGUUGUAAAUAUAUUUAUAAAUGCAAACACCAACAAAAAAGGUUAAAAGAGGCAAAAAAUCAGCCAGUGAAAGUGCUAAUGAUUACUGUAGGUUAUGCAACUGUGCUCUGAAAAUAAGAUUUGGUAAUUUCGAUAGUACAUCAUACGUUUCUUUCAAAAACAUAUUCAAGUGUUCAAAGACCUCGAAUAUCACCCAAACGUUACAGGAGUUGUGCAGUGACCUGGGAUUUCUAGUUGAAAAAUCGUCAGUUAGUUCUGACCACGUUUGCAAAGCGUGUGAACAGAAAGUACGAAACGCCCAUGAACUUUUCCACUUUAUUAAAACAGCAUUUGUAAAUGGAAAGCCGUCACAAGAUGAAGUAGACAAGACGGCGAAAUCAACAACUCAUUGGAGAGCACUUGCAGGUUUAAACAAUGGUUACCAACUAUUGUUUGCUCUCCAGAUCGUAGCCCACAAACUAAGAAAAUUGUAAAAACUACGGAACGCUAUAAAACUUGUACCAGAUCGAAGAAAAGCUUAGUAUUUGCGAAGAGUGAUACUAAUGAAACAUCGUCAGUAAGCAGUGACAAUAAAUAUUCUCGUGACGAAUUUCUUUCAAGACUAAACAUGACGAACUUUAGAUCAAAAUACCACACAAGUAAAGGUUGUGAUUGCUAAUCCCAAUAAGACAGUGAGUACCCAUAGCAACUUUGGAGAAGAAACUAAAUCUUUGAUUUUGAAUAUAGUGAGAAAAAACUGGCUCGCUGCUGCUAACAUUUUUAAGCAUCAUGAAAUAAGAAGAGAAUUAAUUGGGCCUUUACGAAAAACAGUAAGAGACGAAUUUCAUUCAUAUUGUGGUAACAGUUCAGAGUCUGUAUUGCAAGUAAAAUCACCAGUUGACGUAGCCUCAUUUUCUAAUAAAGUGUUGGUUCGUGAAGUUCAAUUAGCAUGUCCGUUUUGGCAUGCGUGCCUGGACGGAGCAUGUAAGGCUACUCAAAGUAGAGAAAGAAAUACAAAAAUAACUAAUUCAAUGGCUCUGAUUUCUGCGACUGCUGCAAGAUGUCAAAAUAAAAAAAUGUCCGCACUUGCAUAUAGAAUAUCCUCGAUUAUAUUUCACAGUGGAGUUAAACACCAAGACAUAGUACGUUUGCAAAAACUGUGUCUGUGUAUGUCUCCAAAUUCGAUUAUCGAAUUCCAAAAACAGAUGGUUGAAAAUAGCGAGGGAAAGGUCCAGUUUUGGAAAAAGGAAAUAGAAAACAACAUAAUGGCCAAACAGUUACUUGUUGAAGUUAAAGAGAAGCAAGUCGGAAUAAAGGGAGAAUGUGAUAUGCAACUCGAUUCGGUUAUUGAUUUUUCCAGUGAGGUGAUAAAGGGUUAUGAAAACUACGACAAAUCCUCGUUUGAAACUUGCACUAACCUCAUGGAAUCUUUAAAUGGGCAGGGAAUCUACAAAUGGCCAGGGAAUCUACACUGAUGACGAUCUGGAAAUGGCAUUAUCUAAGCUUGAUAGUUUCAAACGUCCUCAUUACAAGUAAGUUCAGUAGAAUAAAUAAGAAAUACAACCGUUUUAUAGCAUACUAGUGGCAUUCUCGUGUGAGACGCACUUUUAUGACAAUAUCAGUUACACAGGUAAAAACGCACAAGUUGUAACAAGUCUGCAAACAGGUUGUUGCAAGUCUGUUCACAAGCUGUUAACAAGUUGUCUUCGCACUGCUUGUUCCCAGUUUGUUGUAACAAGUUUGUAACAAGCUGUUAACAACUUGUAACAAGCUUGAUGGCAUUAUCAGCCUUGUUACAACUUUAUUCUAACAAGUUUGUUACAGCCAUGAUAUAACAAGGAUGUUACAAGGUUGUCAACACAAGGUUGUAACAAUCUUGUUAUAUCAAGCAUGUAACAGACUUGUCAGAACAACCUUGCAACAAGUCUGAUAAUUUCAACAAGGUUGUUACAAGUUGUCAACAAGUUGUUCCAAACCUGUUGACAACUUGCGACAAGCAGUGCUAAUACAUCUUGUUGACGGCUUGUUGGCAGACUUGUUACAAGAUGUGAGAUUUUUACGUAUGUCAGUGGCGUAUCAUUUUAAAUCAAAUUAUAUCUAACACAAAUUCCUCGUUUGGUGUUGAUUUAAAAAAAAAUUCACCAUGAUACAUAUUUUUGACAUUUUUAGCAUAUGCCGUAAAUCUGAAUUUAAGAAAAAUGGCAGGUUUUCUUGCAUAUAUAUCAAUGUAAAAUACUUUGGAACCUAUAAAUUGUAUAAAAGUUCUAGGAAUUACAUGCUUUGUGGUCACAAUUUGACAAGUGCAUGUAUUAUCUGCAGGAACUUACCAUCCUCCAAACAUCCAUAUGAAACAUCAGUCUACAGAAAUUAUUACUUGAAUAGUACAGAUUUAAUGUUUGUAUGAAAUGGGAUGAUAAAACUAUCCUAUUAAUUUGAAAAUGUUUCAUUUGCUUUACAGGGUGGUUGCUGAUAAUAUAGAUUAUAACAUCAAUGCACAUGUUCAAAGUGAGAAACAUACAAACAAAUCUAUCCACUGGAUCCAACAGUAUGUGGUGGUAAACAAAGUGAUUGAGUCAUCAAUGUCUACAAAUAUUCCAAAGAAGCCUCUGAAAGAUGUACAGUUAGUUGACCUGCUGCCUAAUAAAGCUGUGCAUGAGAGAUUAAUACAAAGAUGGGCAGUACUUUUAUCAGCAGAGUUGUUUGCAAGUAUAUCCCUAAACUUCAGUACCUGCAAGCCAUUGUAAUUUAUCACAUCGCUCAUACGUAUUCCAAGGAAAUGGCAACCAAGUCAGAAACUGUAAGUAUAUGGCAUAAAUUGUUGGUAUUCAGAUUCGAAAUAUGCUUAUAAAUAACCCCAUGCAGUGUUAGCUCAACAUUAGCUCCAUUUUAAUUUAAGAAACCAGUUGACUCGAUAAGCAUAUGAAUAUAUUAAUUUCUUAUUCUUAUCAAGUCAACUGGUUUCCUAAAUUAAAAUGAUCAUGUAUAAUAAUAUGUAAAUCCUGUUUUCAACUAAGGGGAAUGUGAAGUGAAGCAAAUCAAAGUAAACAGUCUGAUCGACUUGCAAUCAUGCACUCCUAUUCUUCAUGCACUCCUAUUUAUAUGAGAAAACAUGUUUAAUAAUUGCACAGUUUUAGUCACUAUGCUGUGUUAUCACUAUUCUGUUUAUCAUCCCAUGCAGUGCUGUCUUGGCCUUCAAUUCCACAACUCGAAUGUUGCUAGUGAUAUGGCCCAAUUUUUGAUCUCCAAUCAACAAAGGUAUGUACCUUCCUGCCACAACACAGUUGAUAAAGUCACUAUGCAUAGAGUCCCAUUACAUGGUGACCAGUUGUUUGAAGAAAGAGCAAGAAAUACCCAGUGGACAUAUCAAGAUGGCAAUAAUCCAAGUGACAGAUUGGAAGGAUUCAGAACUGAGUUUGCUGAUUGGCAUGCCAAAAUGAAUCUAUACAUGGUUAGUGAUUACUUUAAUUAAUAUCAAACCAUCAAACUUAAACUUGAAAACAUGUUAUCAACGAGUUUCCCGUCCCUAAUAUGAAUUCGGCUAUUGAAGCACAUAUAUGUGCUUCCUUUAUGGAAAUGUCUGGAAUGAAAAAUCUAGAAGGUACUUAAAUAUAGUCUGUAUAGCAGGCGUUUAGUGCGGGUGGUAGCUUGCAGUUUUCAAGCCCAACCCUUAAAACUGCCGGCUACGCAGGCUAUGUGGGUGGGAGAAGAAAGGGUGUCACCUUUUGUCUUCGUUCUGAAACAAAUGUAUCGAUAUUGUAAUUGUUUUAUUUGCAUGGUUUGCAAGGUGUUAUUUUGUUAUUCAGUUUAGUUAUGAAAAACUACAGUUACUGAAAUGCAUGGCUUGGAGACUGGCCGAAACCACAAUGCAUCUCAUUUUAAUAUUCAUGUUUGUGUAAGUUUAUAUGCAAAAAUAUGGGUCCUAUCUCAUCAUGUGUGUAUCAUGUUUUUCUGAAAUCAUCCAAUAGUAAUGUGUAGAUUGACCAAUUGUUUCAGUCACAGAUUAAUAGCUGAGUUCUAAAAUAAUAAGCUAUUGGUUGUUAAGUAAGCCUCCGAACCAUGUAUAUUUCAUUAACUAUGGGAAAACACAGAGUUCAACACCCUUUUUAUAUCUGUCUAACUCCAGAUUAUUUUACUCUGUGUAACAUCGGACAAUUUUAUUUCUCAAGGGAAGAGUGCUGGCAUUCAUUAAUAGUCUACUCAAUAGGUUAAUACCAUGUUCCAAUCGUAUUUUUCAUACAAACUAUGGAGCUCAUCCAUGCAUGUGUGAUUUUUUAGACAAGCCCAAUUAUUCAGUACCAGAGAAUGAUGUUCCGGAAGAAACAAGAAGAAAAUGGCUGUUAGAAUUGUGUGUCAAGUAUGUCCAUGAGUACCUCAUUAGCUUUGAAGUGGAACCUAUAGUUAAACAACUACAAAUUCUGGAUGAAGCAAAGGGUGCAAAAUUUGCCUGUAGAUCUGAAGAAUGCACUAAGAAUUUUGUCCAUCAUUACAUGCGUGUAAAGUAAGUAUUUAUGAACAAUUUUAAUAAAAAGGUUUUACCAUUACAGUAUACAUGUUACAAAAGGUAAAAAAUCUAAUGACUAUAUAAACUACAUUAAGUACUGUUACAUUAAAUACUGUUACAUUAAGUACUGUUACAUUAAAUACUGCAUUUUUCAAUUCUAUUAAAGACAUGAAGUCACCCAGCAUGGUUAUUUUCAUGAAAGAUUUGAGGUAAAUGGAAGAGAUACCCUCGGAUUUUACCAUUGUCUAAGCUCAUGCAGGUUGGUGUUUUCAACGACUGCCAUAAGAAACAAGUAAGACGUUCAUUUAUGUCAUUUGAUUUUAACGGAAAUUAAAGACAUUAAACUGGUUAAAUUGAACAUGACUAAACUUUGUCUACACAUUGCGAUUCAUCAAUUUCUUGUCUGUUAAUGAUAUAAUUGAUCAAGUAUUGAUAACAAUUUGAUGUCUUCAUUUCAUAUAAUGUAUACCGCAUGUCUAUACUUUUCAACUAUCGCGAAUACGAAUCUGAAAUUAGCCAGUGUGGUAGACUCAUGAUAAGUCGCAGUGUGUAAACGUACUGUACAGAAAUACUUUUUCACAACCAUCCUCAGAGAUACGAAAAACCAGUUUCAUAUUAUUCUGAUACUGCAAUCGACCAACAAAAAAUUUGUUGGCUCGAGUGGGAUAAGACCCCAUUGACUGGAUAACUCAAUGGGUAGAGCGGCGGUCUAGAUACCCAAAGAUGCAAGUUCAAAUCCCGCUCGAGCCAAUGAAUUUUCCGUUGGUCUAUUGCAGUGUCAGAAUAGUAUGAAACAGAAAUACUUGUUCAUCAUAUUUAUCAUGAUAUAAAAAAUUCUGUCCUAGCCAUGAAUGCUUGAAUCACCCAGAGACACCAAAUGUUCAGGAACAAGAAGGUAGCCACACUGAAAUAGAAACUAAUUCUGCCAAGGAGGAUUACUUGUUUAACUACCACAAGUCAAAACUUUCAUUUGGCCUUAUCUUGUUGGAAUACAGUGAUGCAAUAAAAGCUGGCGAUGGUGGUAGGUUGCAUGACCUGUACAAAAUUGCACUGCUUCUUCUUAAAGCAAAUGGAAAAACCAAAUAUUCAUAUGCAAUUUUAAUGUACCCAUUGCAAAUUGAAUGCAUGCUGUCAGAAGAGGAUGCACAUAAUCUUAAAUGGAAUCGCUUUUUUAACAAGCAAGGAAAAGUUGGAAGGAACAUCCCUCUUGAUCUGAGGAUGGAGCAACUCAACAAAAUUGUUAAAACCAUGUGGCACUCACUUAGAGCUAAUCUUGAUGAGAGGUCUGCUGCACGGUUAGCAAGCACAUUGGAACCUAUGGAACAGAUUUUAGAAAGCAUAGACAAAGAUUGCAAUCUAACUUAUGAGUGUGGAUACCGCUCAGGGGGAGAUCCAAAAAGAAGUGUAGAACUUAUAACAAACGACUUAAUGGAAAUAAAUGCCUUCAAGAAGCAACCAGGGAGAUUGGGGCACCCAUCUUACCAUAAGAUGUCUUAA